AUGCGGGGCCCCGGGCGCGCGGCGCUCUGUGCGCUGCUCCUGGCGCAGGUGGCUGUGCAGGCACCUGCUUGCUCCGUGGGACCCGCAGCGGCCUCGCCGGGGAGCCCGAGCGGCCGGCGACCUCCCGAGUCCGCGGAGUGGCCGGCCUGGAUGGCACAGGGCGAAUACGAGCUGGUGUCCCCCUAUGAGGUUGACCGCAACGGAGACUACGUGUCGCAUGAAAUCACGCACCCUCAGAGGAGGAAGAGGGCGCUGGCCCAGCUCGGGGUUGAAUCUCUUCACCUUCGGCUAAAGGGCUUCAGGCAUGACUUCCACAUGGAGCUGAAAGCGUCCAACCUGGUGGCUCCUGGAUUUAUGGUGCAGACGCUGGGGAAGGGAGGCACCAAGUCCGUGCACGCCUUCCCGCCCGAGGAUUUCUGUUUUUAUCAAGGCUCCUUACGAUCCCACAAAAAUUCCUCGGUGGCUCUUUCAACGUGCAAAGGUUUGUCGGGCAUGAUAAGAACACAAGAAGCCGAUUACUUCCUGAAGCCGCUUCCUUCCCAGCUGGCGGGGACACCCGGGGACGCCGCCGGGGCUGGGCCCCCCUCCCACAUACUGUACAAGAGAUCCGCAGACGAGCGGGCUCCGGGGGCUCCCCAGGCGGUCGUGACCCAGAGGGAUCGGGAGCUGGGGACCCCGCACCUUCACGGCGGCUCGACCCUCCAGCACCCGCAAAAGCGGCAUUUCUGUGGCAGACGCAAGAAAUACAUGCCCCAGCCUCCCGAGGGAGACCUUUUCAUCUUGCCCGACGAGUAUGCGUCUUGCUCCAGGCACAAGCGCUCUCUUCUCAAGUCCCAUAGGAACGAGGAGCUGAAUGUGGAGACGCUGGUGGUGGUCGACAGGAAGAUGAUGCAGACGCACGGCCACGAGAACAUCACCACCUACGUGCUGACGAUACUCAACAUGGUGUCUGCUUUGUUCAAAGAUGGAACGAUAGGAGGAAACAUCAACAUCGCAGUUGUAGGUCUGAUUCUUCUAGAGGAAGACCAGCCGGGGCUUGUGAUAAGCCACCACGCGGACCACACCUUAAGCAGCUUCUGCCAGUGGCAGUCUGGCUUGAUGGGCAAAGACGGGACGCGCCAUGACCACGCCAUCUUGCUGACCGGUCUGGACAUAUGUUCCUGGAAGAAUGAGCCCUGCGACACCCUGGGAUUUGCGCCCAUCAGUGGAAUGUGCAGUAAAUACCGCAGCUGUACUAUUAAUGAAGACACGGGGCUUGGACUGGCCUUCACCAUUGCCCAUGAGUCUGGACACAACUUUGGCAUGGUCCAUGACGGAGAAGGCAACAUGUGCAAAAAGUCGGAGGGGAACAUCAUGUCCCCUACGCUGGCAGGACGCAACGGGGUCUUCUCCUGGUCACCCUGCAGCCGCCAGUAUCUGCACAGAUUUUUAAGCACUGCCCAAGCUCUGUGCCUUGCUGAUCAGCCGAAGCCUGUGAAGGAGUACCAGUAUCCUGAGAAGUUGCCGGGAGAGCUGUACGAUGCAGACACUCAGUGCAAGUGGCAGUUUGGAGAGAAAGCCAAACUCUGCAUGCUGGAGUUCAAAAAGGAUAUCUGCAAAGCCCUGUGGUGCCACCGAAUUGGAAGGAAAUGUGAGACUAAAUUUAUGCCCGCAGCAGAAGGCACCGUUUGUGGGCAUGACAUGUGGUGCCGGGGAGGACAGUGUGUGAAAUACGGUGACGAAGGCCCCAGGCCCACGCAUGGCCAUUGGUCAGACUGGUCUUCCUGGUCCCCUUGCUCCAGGACCUGCGGAGGAGGGGUGUCUCACAGAGACCGCCUGUGCGCAAAUCCCAAACCAUCGCACGGAGGGAAGUUUUGUGAGGGCUCAGCUCGGACUCUGAGGCUUUGCAACAGUCAGAAAUGUCCCCACGAUAGCGUUGACUUCCGUGCGGCACAGUGUGCCGAGUACAACAGCAAACGGUUCCGAGGAUGGCACUACAAGUGGAAGCCAUACACUCAAGUGCAAGAUCAGCACUUAUGCAAACUCUACUGUAUCGCAGAAGGAUUUGAUUUCUUCUUUUCUUUGUCAAAUAAAGUCAAAGAUGGGACUCCAUGCUCGGAGGAUAGCCGUAAUGUUUGUAUAGAUGGGAUAUGUGAGAGAGUGGGAUGUGACGACGUCCUUGGAUCCGAUGCCGUGGAAGACUCCUGUGGUGUGUGCAGGGGGAAUAACUCAGAUUGCACGACACACAAGGGGCUCUACACCAAGCACCACGGCGCCAACCAGUAUUAUCAGAUGGUCACCAUUCCUUCUGGAGCCCGGAGUAUUCACAUCCGUGAAAUGAACGUGUCGACGUCCUACAUCUCUGUGCGCAAUGCCCUCCGAAAAUACUACCUGAACGGGCACUGGACGGUGGACUGGCCGGGUCGAUACAAGUUCGCAGGCACCACGUUUGAUUAUAGACGGACCUCCCAUGAGCCGGAGAGUUUGACCUCUUCUGGGCCAACCAACGAAACACUGGUUGUGGAGCUUCUGUUUCAGGGAAGGAACCCGGGUGUCGCCUGGGAGUACUCGGUGCCCCGGUUGCGGGGUGAGAAGAAGCCCAGUGGCCAGCCUCGUUACACAUGGGCCAUCAUUCGCUCCGAGUGUUCGGUCUCCUGCGGAGGGGGACACAUGACCACCAGAGAAGGCUGCUACAGAGACCUGAGGUUUCCAGUGAAUACGUCUCUCUGCAAUCCCCACACCCGACCCGUCACAGGGGUGGUCUCCUGCAAAGUGUCCGCCUGUCCUCCCAGCUGGUCCGUGGGGAACUGGAGCACGUGCAGCCAGCCUUGCGGUGGGGGCACCCAGAGCCGCCUCGUCCAGUGCACGCGACGGGCACGCUUCGCGUCCGAGCGGGUGGCGGCCAGCCUGUGUCCGCAGCCCAUGCCGUCCAGCAGACGGGCCUGCCAGCCUCGGAGCUGCCCGCCCGCUUGGAGCGCGGGGCCCUGGGCGGAGUGCUCCCGGACCUGCGGGAAGGGGUGGAGGAAGAGGUCCGUGGCCUGUAAGAGCACCAGCCCCGUGGCCAGGCCGCAGCUGCUGCCGGACGCGGUCUGCAGCUCCGAGCCGAAGCCUAGGACUCACGAAGUCUGUCUGCUUAAGCGCUGCCACAAGCAGAUGGAGCUGCAGUGGCUGGUGUCCGCCUGGUCCCAGUGCUCUGUUACGUGUGAACGAGGAACACAGAGAAGAUUCUUGAAAUGUGCUGAAAAGCACGUUUCUGGGAAGUACCGAGAGCUGGCCUCAAAGAAGUGCUUGCACUUGCCGCGGCCAAGUGUGGAGCUAGAGCGAGCCUGCGCCCCGUUUCCCUGUCCCGGGCACCCCCCGCAUGCAGCCGCGGGCCCGCCUCGGGCCAGCUGGUUUGCCUCGCCCUGGUCUCAGUGCACGGCCAGCUGUGGGGGUGGCGUGCAGACGAGGGCCGUGCAGUGCCUGGCGGGCGGCCGGCCGGCCCCAGGCUGCUUCGUGCACCAGAAGCCCGCAGCCUCCCUGGCCUGCAACACCCACUUCUGCCCCAUCGUAGAGAAGAAAGACCGCGCCUGCCGAGACCACUUCCCCUGGUGCCCCCUGGCGCCCCGGCAGGGGAUGUGCAGCCACCAGUUCUAUGGUGAGCGGUGCUGCAAGACCUGCUCUGCGUCCAACCUGUGAGGCCCGGGGGGCCCCUUCCAGGGCGGAGAACGCGAGGGGUGCUGCGUCUUCAGCCCCCGUCAGCUGCGCGCUGUGCAUCGGAACUCGGCCAGAGGAGAUCGAAGCUGGGAGAACUGUGUGCAGCCAUCUGUCGGGACAGAGUGUGUGUGCAUGCGCACGCGCACGUGUGUGUGUGUGUGCACAUCGUGGGUCUGAAUGCAGGCAUGGGCACACGUGCACACAAGUUUUCGGUUGAAGCAUGGAGGCAGGCAGGAGGCCCACGCUGCAGACCCUCAGUGAUGCUCAGUCCCCCUCGUGCUCCAGCUGAAUCAGGUCAAAAAGACAGAAGGAGCUGAACUUGGUAAACGCUAAAUGUGAGGUGCUUUGGAAAAAGAAGGCCGUGGAAUUAGGAAUAAGUGAAGAAAUUCUGCCCCUAGGUAUGCCGGCCUCCCUCCGGCCGAGGAGGCCCCUUCCCAAGGUCUGGAACAACCGACCUCCCUCUGGAGAAGCAGCUGGCGGGGACAGCUCCCGGGCGGUGUUCCCAGGGCCGCCUCGGCCUGCCCCAGCAGCGAGCUUCUCUUUGCUGGGACCUGCUGCUGGGACGAGAGCUGGGUGUCGCCUCCGAGGGGUGCCGCCCUGCCGGGGAGGGGCCGGGCUCCCGACUCUGUGUCCCCAUCACAGACUUUGCCCUGGAAACAGGAGACAUGAAAUCGUGCUAAGGUGCUUCCCUCCCUUUCAGACUCCUGAGCUGGAGGAGAGGACUUCUGUAGCCUCUGUUCUGUCCUUCCCAGGUAUUUACAAGGGAGUGUUUUUCUGCUCAACUCAUUCCUUCCUGCGUUUCUCUCCCAAAGCAAUAGAAUUAAUUCCAGGUUCUACCAGAGCCGCCUGGUGACCCGUGACACCCAAACCCCACUGUCCUGAUGAGGUUGUGGUCGGUCCUGCCCGGACAGACGUCAGCUGACGUGCACACCUCAGAACCCCAGGUCUCGUUUCUGCGUGUCGUGCUGUUUUUAAACUUCUUUCCGUGAGUUGCGGUGGUUUUGCAAGACCGGUUGGAGAGAAGGCCAGCAUUUCCGGUUGAAAGCUGCACAGCAGGCCCCCGACACCCUGCCCGCUGCUGGUGCCACUUUCUGUUCUCUUUUCCUAGGCUG